UAUGAACUUAUUCACUCCAUUUACAUUAGGAUCAAUUUAAUGCCAAAAUCGAAUAGGAAUGGCAGCAAUGAGUAGAUAACGAUGUGAUAACAAAGAAAUGAUACCUACAUCAAUGAUGAAGUAAUAUUAUAUGUAAAGAUGCACUGCAGGAUUUAUAAUUACUGAAGGUUUGCCAUUAAGUUUAGAUUCGAUUGCAUAAGAUGGAUCAUCUGCUAUUUUUAAUAUAAAAUAAGCUGAUGCAUGGGCUCAAAUAGUAUAGGAAUUACAUACAAAAGGGUGUAAAAUAAUAGCAUAAUUAUGGCAUUGUGGUAGAGUUACAAAUUAAAUAAAUAAUCCAUUGGCUCCAUCUGCAAUUAAAAUUAAGAAUAGUAAGUACAAUUAACCUAAAGAAAUGAGUAUUGAUGAUAUUCAAUAGGUUAUUAAGUAAUAUUUAGAAUGUUCUAAAUUAAUAUAAUAUGCUGGUUUUGAUGGAAUUGAAAUUUAAGCCAGUAGUGGUUACUUAUUAGAUUCCUUUCUUAAGUCUUCAUCAAACAAAAGAAAAGACAAUUAUGGUGGUAGUGUUGAGAAUAGAUGUAGAAUAAUAUUAGAAAUAAUUGAUCAAUUAUAAACAGUGUUUGAACCAUAGAAGUUGGGUGUCAAAAUCUCACCUAUAACAAGACAAUAUGAUUCCUAUGAUCCAAAUCCUAAAGAGUUAUACAAAUAUUUGCUUGAAUAAUUAAAUGUGAGAAAUAUAGGAUUUAUAGAAAUUCGAGAUGAUGAUUAUCCAGAAAAUUGGUUAGAUUUUGGUUAUCCAUCAUCUAAAUCAGAUAUUGCAAAUGUUUUUGAAUUUUGUAGACCUUUAUUUAAAGGUUGUAUAAUUGGAAAUGGAAAAGUCACUCCUGAAAUAGGUGAUGAAUUAAUAAAGAAGCAUUUUUGUGAUGCUAUAAGUUUUGGAAGAUUGUUUACAUCAAGUAUAAAUUAUUGAUAAUUUAUAUAGAUCCUGAUUUAGUAGAUAAGAUAAAGAAUGGAGAUAAAUUGAAUGAAGUAGAUAAUUCGACUUUACUUAGUUAAGGUCCUAAAGGAUAUAUAUAUUGAG